CAGCCUAUUCAUCUUACGACUCUGACGAAGAAUAUACAAAGUGCCUUCGACAAACAAAACGUUCGGCCGUAUAUUAGAGGAACUAUGCAGUCAUUUAAUUGGCACAGUUAUUAUCGCCUUGACGACAUUUACGACUGGCUCGAAGACCUUAGCGACAGAUACCCGGAUGAAGUCCGAUUGCGCACUAUUGGAAAGAGUUAUGAAAACCGGACAAUAGUGGCAGUGAAGCUUACGUUAAGGGGAUCUAUAAGGAGAGGCAAGAUUAUAGUCGAAGGGGGCUGUCAUGGAAAUGAAUGGAUAUCCCCAGCGUUUGUGACCUACAUGUUACAUACAUUACUAAACUUCAAAGAGUAUGAAAACGAGGAACUGGAGACUAUUGCCCUCAUGUAUUCUUGGAUUUUCGUUCCUGUUAUGAAUCCAGACGGCUAUGAGUACGCUCAUACGACAGAUCGGUUAUGGAGAAAAAAUCGCCGUGGUGGUUAUGGCGUUGAUUUAAAUCGGAAUUAUGGGAUCGGUUUUGGGGCUCACUGCCCAGACAAAUCUAACACCGAAAAUCGUGAACACUGCGGAGACAGUCCGUUCUCCGAGCCAGAGUCCGAAGCCAUGUCACUAUUUACAAAAGAUAACAGCGAUAACUUGGAGUACUACCUGUCCUUCCAUUCCUAUGGACAGCAUAUUAUUUUACCUUACUCUGUAUCUGUAGAGCAUACAGAUAACUACAAUGUAGUGUCAGUGAUGUAUUUCAUAACUGCUGGCUUUUUUAUUUUCUUAUUAAUAACGAGAUGUGACAGCAAAUCUUAUAAAAAUUACGCGUUGCUGCGUGGCGUUCCGUAUGAUGAAUCAGAGUUGAUAUUCUUCAAAACACUAGACAAGGUCUACGAUGUGACGUGGUGGAAGGAACCAACUCAAGUUCAAAAACCAGUGGAAUUCAGCAUAGCUCCUCGUAACUUGGCUGCACUCUAUAGGGAUACGGAGAAGAUGACCGUCCGGUUCAUGAUUGUGAUCAGGAAUUUACAGGGUGCCUUCGACAAACAAAAAGCCACUGCUUACUUCAGGCGUAACAUGGCAUCCUUUAAUUGGCACAACUUCUAUCGCUUAGACGACAUUUAUGACUGGCUUAAAGAUGUUAGCUCGCAAUACCCAGAGGAGGUGCAGCUUCGAAGGGUUGGCACAACUCACGAAAACAGAACAAUUAUGGCUGCGAGACUGAGAUUGAAAGGGUCCAAAAACAGAUCCAAAGUGAUAGUGGAAGGAGGUUGCCAUGCGCGGGAGUGGUUGUCUCCAGCGGUUGUAACUUAUAUGUUAUACACAUUAUUAAAUGCCAAUAAGUAUAAAGACAAAGAGCUGGAGCAUAUUGCGUACACGUACACCUGGGUUUUUAUACCUGUCAUGAACCCAGACGGAUAUGAAUAUAGUCAUACAACGGAUCGCUUGUGGAGGAAAAAUCGUCGACCUGGCGGUGCUGUAGAUUUAAAUCGAAACUAUGGUAUUGCAUUUGGAAGUCACGGUGCAAGUAAUAAUCCAACCAGUAUAAAAUAUUGUGGUGAUAGUCCUUUUUCCGAACCGGAGACACAUUUUAUGGCAACAAUGGCAAGAGAACAUAGACACAAGUUAGAGUACUACAUUUCGUUCCACUCUUAUGGCCAGUUUUUAAUCAUACCUUACUCACAUUUGAUAGAACAUGAGGAUAACUAUGACCAAGUGAAAAAAUUGGCUGAUAAGGCAACUCAACGAAUGAAUAAAAAUCACGGGAUUACAUAUAAAUCAGGCACUGCCUUUGAAACAAUUGCCAAAAUAAAUAUUAAAGCCCAUUUUUUUGCAGGAUACUUGGCGUCCGGAACGAGUAGUGACUGGGUGAAGAGAGCCUUAAAUGUUUCUUAUGUUUUAACAAUUGAGCUCCCCGACACGGGGGCCCACGGCUACGCGCUGCCGCCGGGUCGCAUCCUGCCCUCCUGCCAGGCCGUUAUGGACGGCCUGCUAGAAAUCCUUACUCCCCAAUCUAAAAGAUUCUUGAGGACAAAUAACGCCGUAGGGAAAAAUCGACUCUGUGUUAAAGUUAUAUUUUUUUGUAACGUGUUUGUGUAUAUCAUGAGAUAUGCAAUAAAUUAUUUGUGUUAAAGUUAAAA